AUGGCCUCCAACUUUAACGACAUAGUCAAGCAGGGCUACGUGAAGCUCCGCAGCAGGAAGCUGGGGAUUUUCCGACGGUGCUGGCUGGUGUUCAAGAAGGCUUCCAGCAAAGGUCCCAGAAGACUAGAGAAGUUUCCAGAUGAAAAGGCAGCUUAUUUCAGAAACUUCCAUAAGGUGACUGAACUGCAUAACAUCAAAAACAUAACCAGACUGCCUCGAGAGACAAAGAAGCAUGCAGUGGCAAUUAUAUUUCAUGAUGAAACAUCGAAGACAUUUGCCUGUGAAUCAGAGUUGGAGGCCGAGGAAUGGUGCAAACAUCUCUGCAUGGAGUGUCUGGGGACCAGGCUGAACGACAUCAGUCUUGGGGAGCCGGACCUGCUGGCUGCGGGCGUGCAGCGUGAACAGAACGGUGAGUUUAAUGCGUUUCUCCUAACGUGUCCCUGCACAGACUCAAAUCUCCAACUUUUUGGACACUGUGAGUCACAACUGACUCGACAGCACUUAAAUAAUGAAAAUCAUUAUAACCCAAGAUGAUAUCUACUCUAGUGGCCUCUUUGCCAACUUCGUCGCUAUGGGUAGGAACCAACUCGACGUGGUUACGAAUCAGGUCAAAUGUGUGACACGGGAGAAGGACUGUUCACCUUUCAAACGAGGGAAGGAGAGAUGAUCUAUCAGAAGGUCCAUUCUGCAACACUGGCCAUAGCUGAGCAACACGAAAGAUUGAUGCUAGAAAUGGAACAGAAGGCCCGGCUUCAGACGAGCUUGACUGACCCCAUGACGUUAUCCAAAUCCAUCUCUCUCCCUCGAAGUGCGUACUGGCACCACAUCACGCGCCAGAACAGCGUCGGAGAAAUCUACAGCUUACAAGGUCAUGGGUUUGGGUCCUCAAAGAUGUCUCGUGCACAGACGUUCCCCAGCUACACCUCGGAGCAGGGGGACGAACCCCAGCCGGCGCUGUCAAGGUCUAGCAGCUAUGGAUUUAGCUACAGCUCCAGCCUCAUCCAAUGA